GUCAACUCCCACUGAAUGAUCUACCAAAACCGAAAUCUCACUAUACGCAGAAAAAUAUCUCAGAUUCAAACAUCUUAAGCAGCUCCUCUUCAAUUUCAAACGUUGCCGAGGAAAAUCGGUAUAAAUUUUUACGAUGUACAGAUUUUGUUGCAUCUCCUUGUUUCUACUGGUGGUGAUCGCAUCAAUACCGCGGAAAUCUUCGUGCAAUUCCAUAGUCAAUCCGUCCAAAGUCAGAAGCAUCUCAUGGAAACCUAGAGCUUUUGUGUACGAAGGUUUUCUUACGGAUGAGGAAUGCAAUCAUUUAAUUUCUCUGGCGAAAUCGGAGCUGAAGAGGUCACAGGUGGCGGACAAUGAGUCUGGGGAAAGUAAGCUGAGUGAGGUUCGGACUAGUUCUGGAAUGUUUAUUGCGAAAGGGAAGGAUCCUAUUAUUGCCGGCAUAGAAGACAAGAUUGCAACAUGGACAUUUUUACCAAAAGAAAAUGGAGAAGACAUACAAGUAUUGCGUUAUGAACCUGGACAGAAAUAUGAUCCUCACUAUGACUAUUUUGCGGAUAAGGAAAAUAUAGCUCGUGGUGGACACCGAAUAGCAACUGUGCUGAUGUAUCUAUCUGAUGUUGAAAAAGGAGGGGAAACUGUCUUUCCCUCUGCAGAGGAAUCACCUCGUCGUAGGUCUGUUUCAACACAGGAAGAGUUCUCCGAGUGUGGAAGACAAGGUCCUGCAGUGAAGCCACGCAAAGGGGACGCACUCCUGUUCUACAGUCUCUAUCCAGAUGCAACUCCAGAUACCACAAGUCUGCAUGCUGGCUGCCCUGUGGAUGAAGGCGAGAAGUGGUCUGCAACGAAGUGGAUUCAUGUCGAUUCCUUUGAUAAAGUCGUAGGCGGAAACUGCGCCGACUCAAAUGAGAAUUGCGAAAGAUGGGCUUCCCUUGGCGAGUGCAACAAGAACCCAGAAUACAUGAUCGGCUCUUCGGACCUCCCAGGUUACUGUAGAAAGAGUUGCAAAGUAUGCUAAACCUUUGACCUAUCUCUCACUGAAAAAAUAUACAUGGAUGAAUACUCGUUCAUUACACUUUUCUGUAUCUUCCGACAAUGUCUUUCCUUUGUUGUAUAAUUCUUGCUUGCUGUUAUUCACUGAGUUUUGUAGUCUUGGUGAACAAAUGUCUAUUUAAUCAUGUUACUAUAUACAUAGACUGAGAGGAUUAUUAAAGCCAAAAUUUGUGAA